GCAGGUUUGUGUUUAUGUUGCUAUAACAACACUAGUACUUACUGAGUGUGCGCUCUUUUCGCAACAAACCGAACACUUCUUCGCGUAAUUUGAGCAGCGUACAAGAUGCCACCCAAAAAGAAAAGUGCAGAUAAAAAACCAGCAAAGCCAAAGACGCCAACGCUGAUAAAUGGCCUCACCAAGGAUGAGAUGUCCAAGGAGCAGCUGGAGGAGCACAUUAUGCGUCUUCGAGAGGAGCUGGAUAGAGAGCGGGAAGAGAGAAACUACUUUCAGUUGGAGAGGGACAAGAUCCACAGCUUUUGGGAAAUCACAGAUAGAAAACAGAAGGAGGUCGACUCUGAGCUGCAAAAGGUAGAAAAAGACGUAGAAGAAAAUGAGGCCCGUCACCAAUUAGAUGUUAAGGUGUACAAGCAGAAGAUCAAGCACCUCCAGCAUGAACACCUGAACGAUAUUGCUGAACUGAAUGCAGACUCUUUGGCGUCCAGUGAGCUGAUGGAGAAAGAGCAAGAACACCUAGAGGAAGAGCUUCGUAAGACAAUUACGAGGGUGGACAUCCAAGAGAUCAACUUUGAACACACCGAGAAGGAACUUGAACUGAAACAUGGUGAAGAACUGACCACAAGAAGCGACCACCUGGAGAAACAACUCGCAGAAAUUACAGCCUCGUUUGAGAAGAAGGUGCAGGCGCUACGACAAGAUCUGGACAACAUCAGGAAAAGUGAGAUCGGCGAAAGAGAAAACCACUGGAACAGCCACAUUGCCACUCUUAAACAAGAUCACGAUGAAACCUACCGCAGCGCUGAGGAAUUUGUCAUUAUCAUGAAAAGGGACGCGGACACGCUCACUCAGCUCAAGGGAGAAAUUAAUGAAACAAAGAAGAAACAAAAGAGCAUGAAACUGGAGGUGGUCACUGUUUUGAAGGAGAACAAACAUCUUGCUGAGCUUAUCUCAAAGAUCAAGGAAGAAAACUAUAAAAUUGCCAAGAAACUGAAACACUACUCAGGAAAUAAGGAUGUAAUUGGAAACAUCAAAAGAAAAAAGCUGAAAGAUCUGAAAGCGGAGCAUGAGGUGUUGGAACAGAAAUUCAGCGAGCUCCAACUGGAAAGGGAUGAACUUCGCAAGGCUUUCACUGAGAGUGUUGAGAAGGCGCAGCAUAACGGAGACAUAGAGAACAUGGUGCUGGAAAAGAAGCUGCAGGCUCUGACAGAGAGCCUGGAGGAGACGGAGGCUCAGCUCAGCGCGGUGCUUUCAGCCUCCAACAUGGACCAAACAGCCCUCAGUAGCCUCAUAAAGAAAACUGAGGCACAUAUUGACUCCAAAAAUACUGCCAUCAGGACCCUACAGCACAAAAUAAAUCAAAUUUCUGUGGUCCGCAAGCAUUUGCUGCUGCACACUGAGGUAAAGGCAAAGGCUCUUGGUGUUCCUGUGGAAGAGCUCCUGUGUAAUUCCCAAUGAGAGUAAUCCUCAUGGUAAAAAUGUGGAGCAGCACUUGGAUUAAAGUGAGAAGCAAUGAUUCCAAAGACUGGAACACUUACAUUUCAUUUACAUCUUUUCUUUAAUCUACCUUUAAUGCUCAUAUGACUUUAAGUAGUAAAGAUAUAUAAAAAUAAAAAUUAAAAAUGGGAUCUCUUAAUUUGGAGAAAAAAAAAAAGUUGUGUUGUGUGUUGUUUUAGACUAAAGGGUAUGUCAUGCCUCUAUCCGUAGCAUCCUGUCACACCAACCCUCAGCAUGCCCUCCUUCAUGACCUCAUGAAUUUUCUCUCCUUUACUCCUGUGUGUCAUCUCCAUAUUUGACAUCCUUUGUCCAGUAUGCCCUCUCUAAAGGGAGCAGCUGAAAGAUGAAGAUACUUCAUUGGAUUUGUCAGGUGUUUUGAAUUACAGCCAAUAGGUGUCGCUAUUCACUUAAUUCAUCGCUGUGUCUCAGAUGGUGUCAUGGUCACAGAUGUUGACAUGCCUUCACUCUUUCUCUCCUCAUCUUCUCUGUCUGACGCUCUCUGUCAUGGGAACGAGACUCCUACCAGCAGUGGGCAUGGUUACCCAAGACUCCCGCUGGUGCACCUGUUUCUUAUCAACACCCACCUGCAGUAUUUAACCACUGUUAUUCCCACAUUGCCAGAUUGCUAAGCUAUAUCAUGUGGCAGUGUCACUGAGGCCUCUUCUAGUAGAUUUUUUGGUACUUACCUUGUUUAUCCUCUUCCAUCCAGAUUGGGUGUGUGAGCCUGCCUAGCUCCUGGUUUCUCCUGCCUGUCCCCCUCUGGCUUUACUGAGGAAUACUCACAUAAGUCUAGACCUGUGGAAAACAGGAAAUUCUUAUGUGAAUCAACGUCAAUCUUUCUGAACGAGAACCCUGCAGAAAACUGAGCAGUUCAAGCAUGCCGCAGUAACUGAACUCUAUCCUGUGUAAAGAGUAAACUUGACCAUUAGAUUGCUGACCUGGGACCUUCCCUUGAACAUUAUUCAUCUUUAAUUCCUGAACUUGCUGCAGAUGUUGUUACUGUAUCUUGAAGUUGUUCAUUAAAGUUGUUAAAAUUCUU